GCUCAAACUGCCCAAGGCCUGAGAGCUAGGGAUUUGCAAGCGCUGCAAGCCUGGCACGUCCGGAAGAUCGCCUAUCAUUACUGCGAAGGCUGUGGGACCAGCUUCGAAGCCGCACACCGACGCCGCGCCGCAGGAGCGAGUGUGCCGCCUAGCAGAGCUUUUGAGCCCACUCGAAACCGCGCGAGCGUUGCCGCCCAACAACCGGGCCCGGAGGCCUGCGCGACGUCGCCGCGACCGCUGGAGACCGCGGAACCGCGCGAAACCAUGGCCGAGGUCACGGACGAGCAGGUCCGCAAGGCUGUGGAAGAAGAAGCCGAGGAGGACCCCGAGUUCCUCGCGAGCCUGACCGAGGGCCUGUCGUCGCAGCGCGACGUGCGCGAGCGCGCCGCACGUAGAUUAGAUGUGGACGAGGCCCUGCUGAAGCCCUUCAAGAAGACGAUCAAGGCCGUCAUGACGGAUUUGUGGACGGCGCCCGACGCCGAGCCCGAGGCCCUCGAGAAGGCGGCGCCGAAGCCCAAGAAGAAGCGGAGCCCGCGGCCGAAGAAGGACAAGCCGCCGAAGAAGAAGGUCGAGGCGCCUCCAGCAAAGCCCGAGGACGCGCCCGAGUCGUUAUUGAGAGGCAAGCUGACCAUAGACAAGACGGGGCGCUUGACGUGGAGCGGCGCCUGGGCCUUCGGCGCCGACGCCUGGAAGCGCGGCGAGCGGUCCAAGUUUUUGGUGAAGACGAAGAAGCCCCUCGUGGUCAAGGAUAUCUCCGAAGCCAAGGUGAGCGGCGUCAUCGAGUCCGGUAGAUGGCUCGCGUGCAAGGGCUGGUUCUGCCUGAAAACAACAGCAGGACCGCAAGCCAAGGAGAAGGAGUUCCAGGCUCGAUUACGUUUUGUCAAUGAUAACGGCUGGAAGGUCGAGGGGCGAGGCGCGAAUAGGUUUGGGAGGUGGGUUUUGACGUCGAAGCUCUGCGAUCUAGCAAAUGGCACAUGUGCGGCGGCGCGGUCGUAUGCCACAGAAUUGAGUACCUCGGUGCUAGCGUCAGAUACUCUACUAGAGGACGAUGAUGAUGAUGAGGACUUCGACGCGGGAGACUCUGACGACGACGGCAAGGACCCGGCGAAGCCGAAGCGGGCGCCGCCCAUACAAUUGAAAGGAUCUAUCAGAGGCGGUGAGGGCGGCGUCUACACGUGGAGCGGGAGGUGGACGGAAUCCAAAAGAAGUGACGAAGGUGGUGUGUUCGAGCUCACGGGGACGUCUACCCGACGUUCAAACACGGAAGAUGGUGUGAUACCGGCGCAUUUAGAUCUCUCAGGUGGUUUCGAGAUCGGCACGGGCGACACUAAAAGAACGAUCCGCGAGCCCGUCGUGUCGCUGCAUCUCGAGGCUCCGGAUGCGAGCGGUGCACGUACUGCGUCGGGGCGGGGCCAGAACGAGUUCGGCGACUUCCGGCUGCGAGGGACUCUGACAGAUGGGGAAUUAAGGUGCACGAAGCGCUACUCGAAACCUCGGCCCCCCUCGUCCGACGAGGACGAGUCAGAUGAUGAAUUGGACAAGGACCCGGAAGAGCUGAAUCAAUUGAUCACGGAAGCCGCGGACUUCACGUCACAGAGUGCGCCUAGAUCAAAGCGCCAGGCGGCGUCGCACGCGGAGCGCGCCAUCUCCCAGCAGAAUUUACGUGCUGAACGAGGGUCGUUGAUCGCCUGGGACCAGACGAGUCUGCAGAGUGAGGUCGAUUCUCUUAAAGCAACAGUGGCCGCGGGCGCGGCCGAGCAGCCCCUCAUUAUUCAUUUGCGGGCCCUCCACGCGAAGUCGCUCACCGUCGACUUGUUGAGCGCGACGGGCGUCGGCAAGGUCGUGGCCCAGCUGCGGAAGCACGAAUCCACUAAAGUGAGCGCCAUGGCCGCAGCCCUCGUGAAGGGCUGGAAGGCGCUCGUGACGGCGCAGAAGUAGUGAGGCGACUAAGGAGGAUACUUAUUUA